UAAUCCCGUGCCGUGCGUCCCGAGACAUGGACUUCGACGUUCGAGAAAUUCAUGUAUAAAAGUAAACACAAGUAGCACAGUGCGAUAAGAUUUCGAAAAUCGAAAACCGGAUAUGAAAAUACGGUGAAUCGAGUUCACUAUUCGGAACGAUUCGCGUCCGAGCUCUAGCGAAUCGCGGUCGUGAGUUUCCCGGCGCGUCCGCUCGCGCGAGAGAGGGCGGCAGUAUCGUUUCAAUCGUCGGUCCGUGCGGUCGCUUUUGCGGCGUAGUCUGUGAUUUUUAGUGUAGCUCCAGUUAAUCCAAGUUAAUCUACAAUGGCGGAUCAGCUGACAGAAGAACAGAUCGCCGAGUUCAAGGAGGCGUUCUCACUGUUCGACAAAGACGGAGAUGGCACAAUCACGACCAAAGAGUUGGGCACCGUGAUGCGAUCCUUAGGACAGAACCCCACAGAAGCCGAGCUUCAAGACAUGAUCAACGAAGUUGAUGCAGACGGCAACGGCACGAUAGACUUCCCAGAGUUCCUGACGAUGAUGGCGCGCAAGAUGAAGGACACCGACAGCGAGGAGGAGAUCCGCGAGGCGUUCCGCGUGUUCGACAAGGACGGCAACGGGUUCAUAUCGGCCGCGGAGCUACGCCACGUGAUGACCAACCUCGGCGAGAAGCUCACCGACGAGGAGGUCGACGAGAUGAUCCGCGAGGCGGACAUCGACGGCGACGGACAGGUCAAUUACGAGGAAUUCGUCACCAUGAUGACGUCGAAGUGAGCCGCCGGCUAGUGUGUGUGUAAAAAGCAGAGAAUUUAAAUAUACAUUUUGUUUCAUGACACACAAUAUUUACCAUCGUAUUGGACCUGCAUUUCUCUAGUGUUUGCGAUAAAUUAAAUAUUGUCAUCGUUUCAGUUUAAUGAUAUAAUUGUAUGCGCAGGCGCGGCGGGCGGCGGGCGGCGGGGCGCCCCCGCGCCGCCCUCCGCCUCGCCUUUUUAUUUAGAUUUUAAAGUAUUCCGUUAAUUUUACUAUGUAAGAAAAACUUUAACUGUAGCGGUACAAAGGAAAACGAAUAGGUGUGCGUCGCAAUGUGAUGGUAUAAGCCUCGGGUUCGUGUCGGCUCAUAAUUUAUAUUUGUGUAUAUUUCUGCGGGCGGCCGCGAGGGGUCGCUCGCGUCGCUCGUCUGUAUAAUGUGUGUGUGCGUGCGUGCCUCUGUCUGCGUCGCGCCCUGUGUAUGCGGUGCUAGCGUCCGCACCUUUCCGAUACAUUUUAAUGUAAAUUUUUUUCAAGUAUGAGAUAUUUAUAAAGUACGUGAAGAUUAAAAGUUUAAAAAAAUCCCAAAAAAAGUUGUAGUGUGCUGGUGCAAGUGCGCCAGCGGCUGCAGCUCCCGCUCCCCGUGCACCGACGGGCAUAAUGGAUGUUUCAGUCUAACUAACUCAGUAAACGAAUAAAUUAGAUUUAUCGGUACUGUACUGCAUUAAUUGUAUUGUAUCUGUAAAUGACUUGAUAAAUAUUAUAUUUCUAUUGUUGGUGAAACUAAUUCUAUCGAGAUGAAAGUAAUCCGCUCUGUUAUUCUCUUACCACAUUUGAAUCAUUCUGUUAUUAAAUUUUACAAAAGACAUAACUGAAAAUAAAUGUUUCUUCAUUUUUAGGUCAAUAAG